CCCAAAGAGGGAUCUUACGAGGCCGGUUUGCAGGGAUACGCAUCCUCCCACUGGCGCUUCGCCAUUUCUUAAGCGAGAUGUCGCAGCUCCGAUCCCCAUGCCUUCGGCGGAAUUACCAAGGACCUCGUAGCUCGUAAUGCCGUGUAUUUCCCGUAAAGGAAAUAUUCGACAGCGUCUGAAUAAGUCAUAGUGUGGCCCUCUCCCAUCCUGUUCGCCUCAUUCCAGACUAAGUAACUAGCGAAGAACAGCAUACGCAGCCUCUGAGCCACCAAGAUGGCGACCUCUGUGACGUACGAUACGCAUCGUUCCUAUAUAUAUGAGGAGGCUUCACCACCUUCGUCGUUCCCGAAUUCUCACCACUCACGCUGCAUCUCAACCUAGUUUAAUCGUUUUCCCUCGUCGACCCAGCACUUGAACCCUACUCAAUAUGCCUUCGAUCUCCAUUCUCUCGAUUUUUGUAGUGGCGGCUACUGCGGCUGCGACCAGCUGCAUACGUAACUGUUGCUCCAACAAUACCCACGCCGCUGGUGCGUACGUCAACGGAACGGUUCAUAUGAAGGACAGUCCGUGGACUCCCUUCGAUGCGCCCAUGACCGAAGGCUUCAAUCUGACCAACGGCGAAGACUGGUCGUUCGAGGGGGUGUCCGCCGACGGCCAGUCCGGGAUGGGAUUCACGUUCAGCCGAGGCACCGUUGCCGGGCAUGCCCUGGCUCAGCGGAUGUUCUUGGCGGUUGUCUGGCCAAACGGAACAAGAUUCAUCGAGUCGACUUUUGCGGACGUCUCGACGAUUCAGGCCUGCAAAGACGCGACCAAGGGGAUCUGGUACAACGGAACGUCCGGCAUGAACUGGACCUUCGAGGCAACUAACGACUACUCGCGCACGCUUGUCAAGGUUGAGUCGGCCACGGUGCGAGGCACGUUCACGCUGGACGCCAUCUCGCCCGCCGUCUACCCCAAUGGACUCGUCUACCCACACCCGCUUGGCGACAACUGGUUCGCGCCCUACCUCUACUGGGUCGAGAACGUGCCCGUCGGGGUCGCCGAAGCCAAUCUCACCAUCCGUGGCACGCCGUUCAUCCUGGGAGGGAUUGGAGGUCGCGAGCGCAACUGGAACUCUUUUGCCUGGGCUGAGAUCAGCGCCAGCUGGGACAUGGUCAGGGGAAAGGUUGGACCUUACACGCUCAUGGCGUGGAGAUUCGAAUCCAAGAUCGACGGCCAGACAUACUUCAGCAGCAUGCUCAUGAAGGAAAAAGAGGUUAUUUUCCGUACCUUGGCCCAGCAUGUCUCGAGAACCGAGCCCUAUGGGUCGCUCGAACUGGACAACAAUGGAACAGUUCGUUUGUCGUCUGAUCCAAGCGCCGCAACGUCUCUACCGGAGUCGAGGCACACAGGUUAUGUGCUUGAAAUGGUGGCUCCAGCGACGGGGAAGCGAUGGAGGUUCGAAGUCGACUACACGAAGUGCGUAUACUGGUUCGCAGCAGGCUCAGACGGUAGGCUAGGCGGCUUUGUCGGUGCCAUCAAAGGAGGGUCAGUCGGUGGACGUCAAUACAGCGGUCUUGCCAGUGGGACAGCCAUGGAGAAGAACUGAAGAGGGCACCCGCGCUUUUUUCUAGACGGCGGCCAAGCUACAACAUCCCGCACGCUGUCGAGAUAAAGAUUCGCAAUAGAAUAGCUCAGUGUACCCUAGAAAAUCCAUGCUGCCUCCC